AUGAGGACAGUUUUGCGCUUGAUCAGUCGUGGAGCAGCAACAGCUGCUCCUCCUGCACAAAAGAAGCCCGAGAAGACUUCGUUUGGAAAUCUGAAGGACUCGGAUCGUAUAUUUACGAACCUUUAUGGCCGUCAUGACUAUCAUCUCAAGGGCGCACUGUCUCGGGGUGAUUGGUAUAAAACCAAGGAAAUCAUUUUGAAAGGAUCUGAAUGGAUCAUCAAUGAAGUGCGCACAUCAGGUCUCCGUGGUAGAGGAGGUGCUGGCUUCCCUUCUGGUAUGAAGUGGAGUUUCAUGAAUAAGCCAUUCGAUGGGCGUUUUUUUGUUUUUAGGGCUCUUUCUUCGUCUUUAUUGUGUUGUUUAAUUUUUUUAAUCGAAGGUUGUUUGAUUGCUGGAGUGGCAAUGGGAGCUCGUGCGGCUUAUAUCUACAUUCGUGGAGAGUUCUACAACGAAGCUUGUAUUCUUCAAGAAGCUGUCAAUGAAGCUUAUAAGGCUGGAUAUAUCGGUAAGGACUGCUUGGGAACUGGGUACACAUUUGACGUGUUCGUACAUCGCGGAGCAGGAGCCUAUAUUUGUGGUGAAGAAACUGCGUUAAUCGAAUCGUUGGAAGGCAAACAGGGAAAACCGCGUCUGAAGCCGCCGUUUCCAGCUGACAUUGGUUUGUUCGGUUGUCCAACAACAGUAACGAAUGUUGAGACUGUUGCCGUUGCACCAACGAUUUGUCGUCGAGGCGGAGAGUGGUUUGCUUCUUUUGGUCGUGAACGUAAUCAUGGAACGAAGCUGUUCUGUAUUUCUGGACAUAUUAACAAUCCGUGCACCGUCGAGGAGGAGAUGUCCAUUCCUCUUAAGGAACUCAUUGAACGACAUUGUGGUGGAGUUAUUGGUGGAUGGGAUAAUCUUCUCGCCAUUAUACCUGGAGGAUCGUCUGUACCUCUUUUGCCUAAGAGUAUUUGCGAUACUGUUCUGAUGGAUUUCGACGCGCUAGCAGAGGUUGAGUCUGGUCUCGGAACUGCAGCUGUAAUCGUGAUGAACAAACAGCGACAUAUGGAUGAACUCAAAUUUUGUUUUAUGUUAUUUGGUUCAUCUGUUCAGUGCACACCAUGUCGAGAGGGGUCUAGCUGGUUAAAUAAGAUAAUGUGGCGAUUUGUUGAUGGAAAAGCGAAACCAAGUGAAAUUGAUAUGAUCUGGGAACUCUCAAAACAGAUAGAAGGGCACUCAAUAUGCGCACUUGGAGACGCUGCGGCUUGGCCAGUACAGGGUCUAGUUCGUCAUUUUCGCCCGGAGUUGGAACGUCGUAUGGCUGAAUUCUCUGAGAAAUCGCAAUUCGAGAUGGGUGUAAAAAAGACAUGUGCUCAUCCUUGA